AUGGGGCUCUACACAGUGUUGCCAGAGAGUGUCCAAGAAGUUGAUAUCAUCAUCGCUGGAGGUGGAACGUCUGGGUGCAUUGUGGCGUCAAGGCUAGCAGAUGCAGAUCCGAAUCUUUCAAUUUUAGUCAUAGAGCAUGGGCCCAACAAUCAGAACAACCCUCUGGUUACUCACCCCCUGCUCUGGCGCGCACACUUGGCGCCACAAACUGGGACGACCAUAUACUACAUCGGGAAGAAUGAAGCUCAACUCGGUAAUCGUGGUAUCUACGUUGCUGCUGGUGGCGUUCUCGGUGGGGGUAGUUCGAUUAAUCUGUCCAUGUAUACGCGACCACAAGCCAAUGACUACGAUGCAUGGAAGUCAAGAGGCUGGUCCUCCAAUGAUUUGAUUCCAUACAUCAACAAGGUAGAGACAUACCACGGCGACGGACUCAAGGAGCACCACGGACACAAUGGCCCAAUUCAUGUUUCCAGUGGUCCCUAUCGCCAGAAUGGAGCAGAGCGAAAUUUUAUUUCCUCUAUGAAUCAAUUGGGCUACUCAGAAAACAAAGACUUGCAGGAUCUUGACUCGAGCACUGGAGUAUCGCAUUGCCUCAAGUAUGCAAGCGCAGAUGGUACACGACAAGAUGUCGCACAUGCCUAUCUACACCCAAGAAUCCAGGAUGGUCGUCACGAUAACCUGGAGGUCCUUCUCGAGUCGCAGGUGACCAAGGUCCUUUUCGAUACCACCACCAACCGAGCCCUUGGUGUCGAAUAUAGAGCAAAUCCCGCAUUCUCAAAGGAGGCUGCAUCACAGCCCCCACGCCGGGUCAAUGCUAGGCAAUUUGUUGUUCUUUCAUGCGGCACAUUGGGCAACCCUCCCAUCCUGGAACGUUCGGGAGUGGGGGAUACGAAAAUCUUGGAGAAUGCUGGAGUACCAGUCGUGGCAGAUGUGCCUGGUGUAGGAAAUGGGUAUCAAGACCAUCAAGUCAUCUCCUAUCAUUACAUGUCCAGCAUGGCGAUGGAGGAAACAAGUGAUAUUGCAUUCCGUGACCCUGCCACGGCCAUUGGGUCGUUGUUGAUGAGUCAAAGUCCGAUUCUUGGUUGGAACGGCUUUGAUGCAUCGUCCAAGAUCAGGCCAACCGAGACAGAAGUUGCUUCCCUCGGACAAGACUUUCAAAAUGCGUGGGACAAAGAUUUCAAGGACCUUCCGUCAAAGCCUCUAGGGACUGUGAUCUUGUCGACAGGACUCCUCGACAACCCAGCAACAUUCCCAGAGGGAGUUUAUUUCUCCUUGGGAUGCUACAAUUCUUAUCCAUACUCGAGAGGCCACAUUCAUAUCACCGGACCAGCGAUGGAUGACGCUCUUGGUUUUGAAACAGGAUUUCUUGCAGACCAUGCUGAGAUUGAUCUGAAAACACACAUAUGGUUGUUCAAAAAGCAGCGCGAAGUGGCACGACGCAUGAACAUUUACAAAGGUGAGGUUGAAGGCCAUCAACCGGCCUAUCCGACAGGAUCAAGCGCCACCUUUGCACCUGCUGUCCCGACCAACAAUAGAACUUUGAUUGGAUACACUGAGGAGGAUGACGCUGCUAUCGGUGACUACAUUCGGAAGAAUAUCACCACUUGUUGGCAUGGCCUUGGAACUUGCAAGAUGGCGCCUCGUGAGGAACAGCUCGGUGUGGUUGACGAAAGGCUCAACGUGUACGGCGUCAAAGGGUUGAAGAUUGCGGACCUCAGCAUUGCCCCGCGUAAUGUUUCGGCAAAUACCAACAAUACUGCCUUGACGAUUGGGGAGAAGGCUGCUGACCUCAUCAUUCAAGACCUUGGGCUCAUUUAG